GCCUUUUGGUCUAACUCACUCACCUAAACAAAGAUCAAUUCCCCAAGGUUCUUUUUUUUUUUUAAAUCAUCUCUUUGAGUUGAUCUUUUAGUGUCGGUUGACUCGUAAUCUUGUUGUUCUCAAGGCUGGAACCUUUUACACGAAUGACAAAGGUUUUCCCCAACGCUAGUUUUACCAUCGGUGAUGCCAUCUCGGAGAAACAGCCACCGCAGCAUAAGCUGUUACCGGCGGGUGAAGCAAGUGAGGAGACGAUUCUAACCGUCUGGAAAAAGUCAUUGCUUUUCAACUGUAAUGGCUUCACGGUGUUCGAUUCUAAAGGUGACUUGGUUUUCAGGGUCGAUAAUUACAUGGAUGGCAAUAAGGGUGAGAUCCUUCUCAUGGAUGCCAGUGGCAACCCUCUCCUCACUAUCCGCCGCAAGAAAAUGAGCCUCGGUGAUAGUUGGCUGGUUUACGAGGGAGAAUCCAUGGAGAAGCCCCGACUUUGCGUUAAGAAAUCAGUGAAUAUCUUAAGCAAGUGCUUGGCUUACGUUAGCUCCGGCAACAAUAACAGUCGGAAUAACAUCAUGUACGAGAUUGAAGGCUCGUAUUCGCAACGAAAUUGCGCUGUUUUCGAUGAUAAGAGGCGGUUAGUAGCCGAAAUCAAGCGGAAAGAAGCUGUUGGCGGUGUCGCCUUUGGAACCGACGUCUUCCGCCUUAUUGUUCGGCCGGGAUAUAUCACAACGGACUCCGCCAUGGCUCUACUUAUCCUUCUCGAUCAAAUGUUCGGAUCUUCCAGACGAUAAAACUUUCUUUUUCUUCAACCGAAAACAUCUUUGGUUUCUACGAACUUUUGUAAGAAUAAAAAAAAAAGAAAAAAGAAACUGAAGCUGGUUUUAUUGAUCUUGGGGCUUGGUUUUUUCGUUUUAGAUAAAAAACCAAAGGUCCCAAUGGGGAUGUACAUGCGUUCAACAGAUCAAAGAAUAAAAAAUUUUCAAUCUCCAUUAUUGUUA